AUGAUUAUUAUUCUGUAUUUAAUAAUUGUAUUAGAAUUUAAAAAAAAUGUAUUUUGUUUUAUGGAAAAAGGUGAUUUAACGCUUUGUGUUUCAGAAUAUAUCAAUGAAAAAAAAUGUAACAUAAAUAUUGAAUUUGGUAAACGUAUAAAUUUUUAUUGUCCAACUGAUGUUUUAAAAUAUAAUGAGAAUGUAUAUUUUAAUAAUUUUAAGAUAAAUAAUGAUAAUGUAUGUUUUAAUAACGUUAUGGUAGAUAGCGAUAAAAAAAAAGCAAAAAAAUUGGAAGAAUUGUUACCUAAUAUUGUUUCAUAUGAAGGUAGUUCAUUACAUUUAUAUUCUUUCUAUAUGCUUCAUAACAUAUAUGAAGACAUAAUUUUUUCUUGUUAUUGUGUUGAUAGAGAUAAAAAAAAAGUAUUUAAAUUAGAUAUUAAAGUUUCUAAAAACACAAAAGAUGUGAAAAGUUGUAAUUUUUAUUAUUCAGAAAAUAUUAAGAAAAAUGAAAAUUCUUCAGAGGUAAAUUUAUAUUUAAAGGAUAAUAGUAGUUGCACUAUUAAUGCUCGUGCAAAUGAUAUAAUUUUCUUUCAAUGCUCUAGUGAUGAAAAUAGUAAUUUUAUUAUUUCACCAUUAUUUUGUUUUCAUAUAGUUUUAAAUGAAAAUAAUGAAGAAACUAAUAUUUACGGUUUGAUUAAUGGGGUAAAGGUAAUUCCAGAAUCCUUUUUUUAUUAUAAUAAUAACAGAAAAAAAUUGUUAUCUUAUUUACUAUUACCAUCUUUUAUACAAGAAACAUCAAUAAUCAAAUGCUCUUGUACAAUUGUUAAUUACUAUUCAUCCAAUUUUUAUUCAGGUACUCUUUUUUUAAACUUAGAAAAAAAUUCUAGUUUAUUUACUUAUAGUAUAUAUAAUAAAGGAAAAAAUGAAAAGGAAAUAACUAAAAAAGUACUAAACAAUAAUAAUGUAAGUGAUGAAGAUGAAGGAAGUGCUGCAUUAGAAUACUUUUCCAUUUUAUUUAUUAUUUUAAUUUACACAUAUAUAUAUUGCAUUUUAUAA